AUGAAGAUCACACAAAUCACCACGUCAUCCAGUGAGAAGGUUCCCGGCGCCACCAGCAGUGGCCGUGGACCUUCCACGCCAGCCAUGGCGGUACCACCGCCACAACCCAGCGACGCCGUUCCACCCAGUACACUGGACCCCAUUUUCCAGAGACGACUAGAGCGCCUCCUCCGCAGCUUACCCACUGGGAUAGAUCCCGCAGUGGCUUUCGCCACCCUUAAAGCACAAUUAGGAAUUUCCCGAUCUGACGAUCCCGCUCCAACUCCCACAUCCCAAAAUCCCCCACCUUCUUCCCCUAAAACAAAAUCCCCUCCCAAAACAAAAUCCCCUCCCAAAACACAAUCUCCCCCUCACGCUCCUAAACCUACCCCCAUCUUCCCGCUGGUACAGUAUAGCGGGGACAACUCUGAUGACGAAGAGGGGGAGGAGGGUCCAGCGCAGCCUGUCGCCGCUCACACCCAGGGCAUAUCUACCCCGCAGCGGGGAGAAGCGGAGUUAGAGCCGCUCAUCGGCUAUCCUGGCAGGGCUAGCCCUGGACCAGAAGAGGGCACACCCGCCCUAAACAUCCCGUCACUUGUGAGUGGCGGGGGUUCUAACUCCGCCUCUGUCCAAGGGCCACCAUAG